GCAAGCAUGCAGCAGUUUGUCCUCAUUAAGGUACCACAAGCCAGAUGGAGCCCAGGGCAGCACCCUGGGGCCUAGAGAACGGGACUCAAGGCUCCAAUCAGCUGAGGCUUGAAUUGUAGCCCCGGGCAUCAUGAUGGCAUCUAACACCACAAGGGAGAAGAACUCAGGGCCCCUGCUCCAGGUUGGGCUUUGGUUCUCCCUCAUCCUGGCAGGCCUCAUCGUCGGCGCCAACCUGCUCCUGGCAGUGGGAAUUGCCCGAGACCGCCGCCUCCGAAGCCCUCCUGCUGGCUGCUUUUUCCUAAGCCUGCUCAUGGCCGGACUGCUCACAGGGCUGGCCCUACCCACACUGCCUGGGCUGUGGCAUCAGAGUAGGCACGGUUACUGGCCCUGCCUGCUCCUGCACCUCGCCCCCAACUUCUCCUUCCUCUCUCUGCUCGCCAACCUCCUUCUGGUGCACAGUGAACGCUACUUGGCCAUUCUGAGGCCCCUCCGCCCUCCCCGAGGAACCCGCUGGGCCCUACUGGCAGCAUGGACUGCCCCCUUGCUCUUUGCCAGCCUGCCUGCCUUAGGCUGGAAUCACUGGGCAUCUGAUGCCAACUGCACAUCCCGGGCCAUUUUCCCUGCCCCUUACCUCUACCUUGAAGUUUAUGGCCUUCUCUUGCCCUCUGUUGUGGCUGCUGCCCUCCUCUCUGCCCGGGUGCUGGUCACUGCCCGGCACCAGCUCCAGGACUGUCGCCUGGAGAGGGCAGUGUACCGGGAUGCCCCUUCAGCACUGGCACGGGCCCUGGCCUGGCGCCAAGCAAGGGCACAGGCAGGUGUCACAUUACUGUUUGGGCUAUGCUGGGGCCCAUAUAUCGUUGCACUCCUCCUCUCAGUGUUGGCAUUUGAGCAACGACCCCCUCUGGGACUUGGCAUUCUCCUGGCACUCAACUCUUUGGGCAGUACCAGUGCUGCUGUCGUACCUGUAGCCAUGGGGCUUGGGGACCGGAGAUACACAGCCCCUUGGAGGCAGGCUCUGCUGAGACUCUGGGGAGUACUCCAGAGAACAGCCACCCAUCGUAGAUCCCAGCCUGAACCUGGAGCCCCAUGCCAAGACCAAGGUGGCAGCACAUGCAGGGGAAAUGACUGAGGCAACUUCCAAGACCCAGCUGCAAGGCUCCCAAUGACACUUGUCUACUGCCCGCCUCCAAGGCGCCAUCUCCCCCGCUGACCCCUCUUUCCUUCUCCCUGGAAGCCUUCUGAGAAUUCGAGGUAUCACCCCUCCCACCUAUGGAGCUGCCUGGCCACCCAUCUUUCUGUCUGCUGGACUGUCCUGAAGAAUGUUCACCUGUCCAAGCUAAAGGCUCUCCUGCCUUCCCCAGUGCCUCAGGGCAAAGAACCUGGAGAAGCAGGCUAGUCUAUCCAUGGCAAUGAAUUUCCAAGCUGGGUGGGUCAGGAGAACUUCAGCAAGGACAGCAUUGGAAGUGACAACCCCUUAGAAAACGGUACAAUGCUGCUCAAAGUGGGUGAUCCCAGGGAAAGAGGGACCUGGGAAACAGCCUCCUCAACCUAGCGCUGGGAACCACCAGGUUAGGGCCUAUAUCCCACCCCCUCCCAUACCUCCCACUGCCCUUCUCCCUGCCCAACUUCCUAUAGACAAGGGCUCUGGGAAUCAUAUUUUAUUUACAUUUUUUAAAACCUCUGUAAUCAUAACCCCUUUCCCUUCACCCCCCACCCCACCCCCACAUCUCAAGGUCCUAGAGGGCCUUGCAGGGAGGGGGAGAGAAGGAAAGAGUUUCUAAAGAUCUGCUCCUCAUCUCCUACAACCCCCAAAUGAACCAGAGCCCCAAGGAACACCACAAGUGGAAGGUGAGAACUGCAGAACUGAACUUCCCUCUGGACGGUCAACACGAGGGAGAGGGGGGCAGUGUCUAUAUGGAGAAAGGUGGGAGAUGGCAGCAUCUAGGAGAUGAAGUCAGAAGGCAGCCUCCCUGGCAGCCCCUGGGUGGGGGGGAGCCAGCCCCCCUCCAUCUCCCCCUCUCCCUAUAAAAUGAGAGCCUAGAGCUAGGGACAG